CGCUGCUCUCCGCCAUGUCUAGGGCGAGUUUUCUCUAAUAUAUAUUAUAUGCUAAAAAGGUUCGUGUUGGUGGAUGUAAGUUGUAAAUAUACAUAAUAAAUAGACCUUGGAAUGACUUGGGUUACACGGCUCUUUUUCUGGUAAUUUUUCAUCUAUCGGAUUCGUCAAUUCAUAGAUUUCUCUCUAACUCCCAUAAAUUAUUGGGAUGGAUCGUUCUUUUGGUAUCCCAAGUAUCCUUGUAAUGGGGUUCUCUCUAUCAUCUUCAUGUACUUCAAAAUCAAAGGCCUACAGUUUCUUUGUGCAUCUUCUCCAUGGUAACGCUUACACUUUCUCAACGCUUCAUGGGUAACUUUGAUUUCAAACACCUUAAUCCAUUGUUCUCUGGUCAUGGAGUCCCUGGCCUUCUGGACAUCAGCGAAGUUUUCGUAGUCGAUAUCGUCAAACGAUACCAAGUCCGCCCCAUUCGUUUCAAUGCCAAAUACAUUGCAUAUGCCCAUGGGAUAUUUGCAUCUAGUGCCUUUUUUUCAGCGUUAAUCGUGGGUUCUUGGUUACACUAUCAUAAAAUCGUUAAAAACUCAUCCUUCGGGUAUCCAGAUGAAUGGUUUCCUUCGGUUUCUGCUACAAUUGGUGAUAGGUAUCCUGAAAGAUCGAUCUUCCAGAUUUUAAUUGCAGUCACCUCGGGACCCAGAUUUCUUUUACUCUUUUGCAACUAUUUGUUGAACAAGAGUUCAUCCACUCUUAUAGCCGGGGUCAUCAGGACUUUCACUUGUGGGGGCUGGGUAUACAUCACUUCGACAGAUGAUCACGACUGGCACGAUAUUUUCAUGAUCAGUUAUAUCCUUUUGACAAUUCCAUGGACCGUUGGUGUGAGUUACUAUUCACCCAAAAAUUCCUCAGUUCGUAAGGGAAGAUCUGUCACAGCCAUCACAUUCUUCGCCACAUUAAUACCUUUGGUUUACUGGUUUAUUCAGCAUAAAGUCCAUGUUAGACCUGGUGCAUACUCCAUCUACGCCUAUUUUGAGUGGCUGCUAAUCAUCUUGGACAUUGGUUUCGACACAUGGUCUGUCCUUGAUUUCAACCAAUUGACCUUCACCAUUUCGGAUUCAUCCUUGUCCUAUACCAUAGGGACAUCCAAACUGAAGGUAAAAUUAAGCACCGAAGUGGAACCCGAUGAUGAUUUCUCAUUUGUUGAAUUCUGUGUCCAUACCAUCAAUUCAUUUGUGGUCUGGACGAAUAUCACUGCCUUGUUCUUAUGUGUAUGGUACUUUCCGUUGUGGGAUUUAGGGAUUUCUGGAUAUGAGGCUUGCAUCAUUGUCAUAUUCUUGGCUCCAUCAUUUAUGUUCAUACCUCCUGCGAAAAGGUUUGUACAAAGAUUUCCCUUGGUAACGAGGUCUUUGGGGGUUUUGUUUGGCAUUGGUGCUUACAAGUGUAUCAAGCCCAAAGAUAAAUUGAUGUCUAUUGCCAUUGGAACAUUCUUUUCGGUUUUAUCUUUUGUUGGAGAAAUUACAGCUUUGUCUACUUUACCAAAAAAAUUCAAUACUUAUAUCAUUGGGUUUGUGGUUGGAUUGUUGGUGAGCUCUGUCUUGAAAUACAUGUACUACACGAACAACCCCAUCUGGCCUUCUAUGAACGAAGCUAAUGGUGGUAAAAAUGAAAUUGGAAUUUUUGUUGGAAUGGCUGCAAGUUUACUUACCCCAGGGUACAAACGAGAAGAACUUGCAUCUACCAAACCAAUUACCUAUAAAGGAGGAUCUAUACUUUUGUCGGCUAUUGGAAUUGGGGGAUUGGUAUUCUCGUUAUUAGCUUACUUGACGGAUACUUCUGUACUUGUGUUUUGGAAUUGGAGCGGUUUCCCCAUUACAGGACCUACUCCUAUUACGGGCGCAUUGUUCAACAUCUUGGCCAUCUCUUUGGGUGUUUUAUUUUCCAUUGAAGCUCAUCCGUAUUGGACAGGAAGCUUCUUCUACAAUCUUUUAAUUGGUGGUGUCAGCUGUGGUGUGUUAUACUUUUUCGAAGACUGGUAUGGUUUUGCAGGUGCAACUGUCUUCUCUUUCUAUUUGGUCUCCAUCACACCAAUUGUGUUCCAAGGAACUCUUGGUUAUAACGCCGGUCUGGUGUACACUUUGGGAUUGUUUUUCUGCGUGGCAUUCUGCUUAGCAAGUGUUUGGAUCGUCGCAUAUGCUUUUGUUCCGGUUGGAAAGGUAUUAAGAGAAAGAACUGAUAUCGUUUUGUUUGGGUCUUACGUAUGCGUUCUUGCCGGGGUAUUGAACUACAACUUGAGAACGAGAGCAUCUAACAUUACCAAACUCAAUUAUGUUAGUAAAUCUAUUUUUUACAAGGCAUUUACGGUCCUUUCUGUUUUAUUGGCCUUGGGUAUUUCAGUCACUUUCCAAAGAUACCCACCUCCACCAUCAUCAAUCAAACCAUACAAUUCUGGACUGAAAUCUUUCACUGCUGGUAUCUGGUGUAUCCACUUUGGCUUGGACAACGAUAUGUGGUCAAGUCAUGACAGAAUGAGAGAUUUAAUUAAAGAUGCUGAGUUGGAUAUCGUUGGGUUAUUGGAAUCGGAUUCCGAGAGAUUAAUUGGUGGAAACAGAGAUUUUACACAAAAAAUUGCCGAAGAUUUGGGAAUGUACGUGGACUAUGGUCCAGGGCCUCAUAAACACACCUGGGGUGCUGCCUUAUUAUCGAAGUUUCCUAUUAUUAGCUCCAAGCAUCAUUUAUUACCUUCCCCCGUCGGUGAAUUGGCCCCAGCUAUCGAAGCUACGUUGGACAUUUAUGGUGAAUUGGUCGAUGUUGUUGUCUUCCAUUCGGGACAAGAAGAAGAUGUUGAAGAUAGAAGAUUACAAAGUUUAGGAGUGGCUGAAAUCAUGGCUAACUCUACCAGACCAUUGGUUUUAUUGAGUUACUUGGUGACAGAACCUUUGAAAGGAAACUAUUUCACUUAUGCUAGUGAGAAGUCCAGAAUGCAUGAUAUUGACAGUACUGAUUGGGACAGAUGGUGUGAAUAUAUCAUGUUCAGAGACUUGAAGAAGGUUGCUUAUGCCAGAAUAUCUCGUUCUACCAUCACUGACACCGAGUUACAAGUCGCAAAGUUCAGGUUGUUGAGCGAACAAGAGAAAGAAGAAAUGGACGAGGAUUUCUUAUACGGAAACCAUUUCAUUGAUGAAAGGAAAGUGCCUAAUGAUUUGAAGAUGCCCUCCCAAUUUAAAGGUAGAGGAAUUAGAGGUCACAAGUAUCAUGUCUUCAGAAAACCAAGAUACUUUGCUUUAAAUAAAGAUCAGGUUAAGCAACAAUAAGGUCUUAUUCAUAGGUUUUUACGUACGGAAAUAUAAAAAAAGUUAUUUGUUUUAA